UUGAUUCUAACUUUUAGUAGUAACGUUUUACUUACGAGUUACUAACUCAUUGACACCCAAAACAUUUUGGUGUAGGAGGAAACUCACAUAGUCCCUCAUCUUUAUAUUACUACAACCAAAAAACCGCUAUCAACACAAGCUUCAAAUAAAAUGGAGGUUCCAUAUCUAUACAUCUCCCUCUUCCUCCUUCUAGCUUCAUACCUCUUCACCACCCACUUCCUUCGUAAAUCCGCCAACCUCCCACCAACCGUCUUCCCUGUCCUCCCCAUAAUCGGCCAUCUCUACCUCUUGAAACCACCACUCUACAGAACUCUAGCCAAAAUCUCUGCCAAAUACGGCCCUGUCCUCCUCCUCCGCUUCGGAUUCCGCCGUGUACUCUUGAUCUCCUCCCCUUCCGCCGCCGAAGAAUGCUUCACCACAAACGAUAUCAUCUUCGCAAACCGCCCUCGCUUGUUAUUCGGCAAGAUCAUCGGCAACAACUACACCACUUUUGGCUGGGCUUCCUACGGCGAACACUGGCGCAACCUCCGUCGCAUAGCUUCACUCGAAAUCUUGUCAACUCGCCGCAUCAACGAAUUCUACGAUACACGAGUUGAUGAAGGCAGGCUUCUGAUCCGUAAGCUAAUGUCAAACUCCUCUCCAACAAGAGUGAAUUUGAGGUCAGUUUUCUAUGAACUGACACUGAACAUGAUGAUGAAGAUGAUCUCCGGGAAAAGGUACUUCGGUGGAGAUAUUCCGGCACUGGAGGAGGAAGGAGAACGAUUCCGGGAGAUGAUGGAUGAGACAUUUUUGCUCUCCGGUGCUGCGAAUGUAGGAGAUUAUUUACCUGUCUGCAGUUGGUUGGGAGUGAAAAGAUUGGAGAAGAAGUUGAUUGUGUUGCAGGAAAAGUUGGAUAGUUUCUUUCAAAGAUUGAUCGAGCAACUUAGAACAUCGAAAGAGGAAAUGAAGAACACGAAGAAGACGAUGAUUGAAGUGUUGUUAUCGCUUCAAGAAUCUGACCCUGAAUACUAUACUGAUCAAAUGAUUCGAAGCUUUGUGCAGGUCUUGAUAUUUGCUGGAACUGAUACUUCCUCUGGAACCAUGGAAUGGUGUUUGUCCCUUUUGUUAAACCAUCCACAAGUUUUACGAAAGGCGCAAAACGAGAUUGAUAGAAAAAUUGGCAACGAUCGACUUGUUGAGGAGUCUGAUAUAGUUGACCUACCUUACCUCCGUGGGAUUCUAAACGAGACAUUACGAUUAUACCCCACGGUUCCUUUACUAGUUCCACAUGAGUCAUCACGAGAUUGUAUUAUUGAGGGUUACAAUGUCCCGCGUGGGACCAUGCUCCUUGUUAACCAAUGGGCCAUACAUCAUGACCCCAAUUUGUGGACCGACCCUGAAAGGUUCAAUCCUGAAAGGUUUGAAGGGCUAGAAGGGACAAGAGAUGGGUUUAAGUUGAUGCCGUUUGGGUCUGGAAGGAGAGGUUGUCCAGGGGAAGGGUUGGCGGUUCGUAUGAUUGGGUUAACUCUAGGGUUGUUGAUUCAAUGCUUUGAUUGGGAACGAUUAAGUGAUAAUAUGAUUGAUAUGAAGGAGGGUCUCGGAGUCACCAUGCCAAAGGCCGAACCGUUGGUUGCUAUGUGCAAACCGCGGUUGAAGAUGCAAGAUGUAGUUGCACAACUUUGAAUCUGUGACUUAUCUUUUGAUUCGAGUACGAGUUAAUAAUCAAAAGCGCAUGUUUUAAUUUAUAUACUUGUUAUUAAUCUGUAGGAAAAAAGCAGGAUAAACUUAUAACUAUAUCACUUACAUUAAUAGUUAUCCUAUUAGUUAUU